GACGGUUACAUUUUCAAAGCCCAUGUGUAACCUCCAUAUCGACGUCCAAUACCAGCUACCCACGUUAGAUAGAGAUAAGUACCUUAUGACUACCUACCCAGCUGAAUAUGAAAAUUUGGCCAAUAGUAUCCGCACGCUUAUUCGAGGCAGUUUACUAAAUAUUGGCCAAGGGCCAAUAAGCCGGUUUAGGUUGCACUCGUAUUCUUGUGGCUGCAGUUUACUCUUAUCCGUAGAAAGACACGGAUGACCUUAUUAAAUAACGGGAGACAAACCAAGUUCAUGGGCCUCUCUCUCAGCUCCCAUGUUGGGGCAUUGAAAGUCUCGAGCUUAUUCCAGAUGACCUGAGUCUUAUAUCAUUUCUUAAUCGUGAUGGCUACCGUCUUCAAGCUCCCAAUUGAGCUCGCGUUACUUCUCUAUCUAUCGACCGUAGCUAUAGCACAGGACCGCACACAGCCUUCUCAGCCCGACGAUAAUAAUGGUUUGGUCGGGUGGCAGCCCAACCCUACCCAGCGCGGAACUGCGAGCAUCCUCGAGAGUUGUAUCCUGACCAUCGUGGCCUGUACUUGGACUAUCCAACAUCCAAACAUCCCUAAAAAAAAGCCAGCGACCAGGCUGGGAAGAUUCUUGCACCAUCUUAAGUGGAUGGCUGCAACAGUCCUGGUCCCUGAGUUUAUCCUGGCCCUGGCGAUCGACGAGCAUCUCUGGGUCCGCAACACUUGGAAAGAGUUGAAACGAGUCAAUGCGAAGCGUAGCAAGCGUAGCAGGUGUUGCACAUUUGCUUUGGAAUAUGAAGAAAACUAUGACUGGAAAAAGAAACACCUUUACUAUGCAAACAUGGGUGGCUUUCGGAUCAACAUCAUGGGCGAUGCCACGGAUAGCCAGAACAAACCAACUAGAAUCUUCCCUCUCACUGGCAAAGAGCUAAUACGAUAUCUGAACAUAAAAGGCCCAGGCCCCUACGAGCCACCAUCGGUACUGGCAAGAAUGUGGUCAAAAAUAUUAAAGCCCGUUGGUGCAUCGGAAGCAUCAGACUCACCAGGAGUACCAGAAACAUCAAAAACAUCGGAAGGAUCAGGAGCACCAGGAGAACCAGAACCAUCAGAACCGGUCAAAGCGCCAAUUUCAGAGGCUCAUAUCGACCGUCUGGUUAAGAGGGAAGCCUUAGCAAAGGCAAUCGCCCUCCUACAAAUCUUUUGGAUCCUAAUCUCAGCCAUAGCUCGAGGAUGUUUCCACCGUCCAAUGUCUCAGCUUGAAAUUAUGACCGUAGCUUUUGCUGCUUGUGCAGUUGCCACGUACAUAAUACGCUGGAAUAAACCGCAGAAUGUCGAAGUUUGGACUGACCUUGCGAACAAACAUUAUGACUUGAGGAAAUUUUACGAGCCGCACCGCUUUCGUGAUACCAUGAAACGGAAAUCGCUAAAUGGACCUCGGAAGAAUCGCGGACCCUGUUUCAGAAAUGACACUCUACGGCCUUACCAUAUUAGUAAACUCUUCCUUCCCAUCUUGAUUAUUUGCAUGGUUAUAAUCGGUUCUCUACAUCUGAUAGCAUGGGACUUCUCAUUCCCGUCCGAGGUCGAGACAAUCAUGUGGAGAGUUGCGUCAGUUGCAUCGGCGGGUAUCCCUUUAUUACUUCUUAUAUGUUCCUAUGCCCCACGUCUUUUCAUUUGGGAAAGAUGCUGUGGUUUUGGGACCAAGAAACACGACAUACGGCAGAAAGCCGAUGACUUCAAGAAGCACUGCCGUUGGACAUUGGACUUCGUAAAGCUCGAAGCGCAGCGACCAGAUUCAGAUCAGAGCCUUAAGAACCUCAUGGGUAAGUUGGAUAAAAUUCAGGAGAAGCUGAAAGAACCCGCGGACAAGCCGGAGAGUUAUCAUGACAUCUUUACAAUCCCUGUCUUGGAGUCCAUGAUCGAUUUUUUCAACAAGAAUUGGAAUAUGCCCGAGACAAACAGACCUCCUGACAGAUUUUUAAUUCAUCUCGAAAGGCUCUAUGACUACCUCACCAGGAAAGGUGACUUUGAACAAGAAAUUCUCAUCAGUCACGAUGAAAAGGCCUACAGAACUGACACCUUUCCACACGAGACAGCUAAAUCGAGGAGCAGGAAGAUGGGUGACAAGAUCUUGCUUGGCUCUAUAUAUAUAGUUACUAUUUUCUACACGCUGGCACGCCUAAUUAUCAUUGCAGUGGCAUUUUCGAGCUUGCGGGAGAUGCCUGCUGGAGUAUAUCAGACGACUUUCGCGGAAUACUUGCCAAGGUUGGAAUGAGAAGAAAAGGGAACGGGAACGGGAACGGGAACGGGAACGGGAAUGGUAAUGGUAAUGGGAAACUUGGGCCGGUAGCCGCAAAACGAAGAGGUAUGUUAUCAUUGGCUGUGGUUUGCUUUAGGGAGCGAUAGUGUGUAACUCUUAUUGUUAGUUAUCUUUUACAACUUUACACUGUUUACUUUUGAGUCUGAAUGUACAGUCUCAAUCGUUUUCAUAAUAAAAUAUAACGCGUACUUCUGUGA